GUCAGCUGGCAUGCUGGGUGGGGCCUGCUUAGCCUGCAGGGACACAAGUCUGGGGACACUGAACUGUGUCCCUGCCCCAAGUCUUUUCAGCCCCACUGGCCACACGGCUCGGAUCUCCCCCUGCAGUCCCCCAGCUCCAAGAUGAUGGCCGAAGAGCACACAGACCUGGAGGCCCAGAUUGUCAAGGACAUCCACUGCAAGGAGAUCGACCUGGUGAACCGAGACCCUAAGAACAUUAACGAGGACAUCGUGAAGGUGGAUUUUGAAGACGUGAUUGCAGAACCCGUGGGCACCUACAGUUUUGACGGCGUGUGGAAGGUGAGCUACACCACCUUCACGGUCUCUAAGUACUGGUGCUACCGCCUGCUGUCCACGGUGCUGGGGGUCCCGCUGGCCCUGCUCUGGGGCUUCCUGUUCGCCUGCAUCUCCUUCUGCCACAUCUGGGCGGUGGUGCCUUGCAUUAAGAGUUACCUGAUCGAGAUCCAGUGCAUCAGUCACAUCUACUCCCUCUGCAUCCGUACCUUCUGCAACCCUCUCUUUGCUGCCCUGGGCCAGAUCUGCAGCAACAUCAAGGUCAUGCUGCGGAAGGAAGUGUAAAGCCAGGUGGGGGCGGUGGGGGUGACAAGGCAGGGGGAGUCAGUCCAGGCUGACCCCCUGGUUCUGCUCCAUGGGCCUGCCGGUGAGCGCUUUCUCUUUACGGACUGCUAUUUCCCCCCAAGAUGGAAAGAAAAGACAGCCCAGCCACGCAAGCAGUCUGCCCCUGACCUCACCUCAAUGCCCCUGUGACCAGGCAGGAGGAAAGAGAAUUUGCUAAGAGGCAGCUACCGCAAAUCUUUGCAUUCACCUGUACUGUAACAGCACAAACCAGCACUCAGUUCCCACCCGUGGUCAACCUGUCUGUGCAUGCCGCCCGGGAAAGCUACCAGUGACUCUUGGCAUUAGGAGGGUGGCUCCAAUAAAGGGGUUCGGCUGCAUUUAGAGAACGCUGUUUUGUGUGCAUCAAUAAGGUCCAUGCAUGUCCCCAUGAGCUCCAAAAAUACAGUUUGCUGCCCUGAGAAACAAGCGGGGCAAGUUGGUUGGCCCUUCUCCUGGCCAAAUUCAAGAACUAGAACGGAGUCUGGUUCCUCUUGGACUUCUUAUUUGCUGGGUAUCUGCUCCCCCAUGCUCCUUAAGAGAUUACUUCCCACUGAGUUCUUUUGCUCUGGGCCAGCCAGUGGUCAACAACAGAAGAAAAUGGCCCUUGGGCUGGAACCGCCAAGGGCAGAGCCUGGGUUCAAAACUCUGAACCUCCCCUUCAGCUCAGUAGACCCCAAGCCCCUGGCACUCCUGCUUGGCACACGCACCCCUUAAUGUGAUGGGGGCAUAAGGUCCAAUAUGUGCAUUUGUGGGCUCACUAUAGAUGUAAAGUACAAUAGCAAGGGCACGCCCUGCCCUUUCCUCACCAACCCCAGUGGGGGAGAAAAACAGUAAUCUUACAUUCUUUAGAGAUACUCUUCCUAAGAGUGUUAUUCAGAACUUAGUCCUUAGGGAAAAAAAAGGAUGGGGGUGGCUGUUGUGAUUAAAUU